AUGAUGAUGAGGGCUUCGGGCUCCAGAGGGUCCAGCAUGACCCACAGUCCCUGGACAAACAAUUCUCCAUCACCUCCACCUUUCUCAGACUUCACCGACAUCAACAACAACAAUAACAGACGUUUACCUGGACAACCAUUGGUCACCAACACCAAAAUCAAUUCGAAGCCGAAGAUUCUUCCCCGUGAGUUGAUCGACAGGUAUAAGCGAGGAGAUACUCAUCCGGUGUCAGCGUUGUACCAGCUCUCACAAGUUCUGCAGUUUCAGCUGGAUCUGAAAGAAACUGUUACCACUGCAGGGAUUUCGGGGUUUUACUUUGCGUUCUGCGCUGUGAUCGAUGGAAUCCAGUAUAAGACCGGCAUGGGCACCACAAAGAAAGAAGCCAGAGCCAAAGCAUCAGAAUUGGCCCUCAAAGAGCUUCUAGCGAGUCUAGAGAAUGAUGAGAUUCCUUCAGAUACUGAUACCGUGGGCCCUCCUCCUCUACCAGUAAGAGAGAAAGAAUCAACAAUCCCACAAGUCCAUUCUGGAAGAGCUGUGAUAGAAAGAAAGAACCCUAUAAAGGACCAGGUUCCCAGCGUGGUGAGGGAGAUGUUUACAAAGCUAAUGGACAAUUACCCAGAAUUCUCAGGCUGUGGCGGAACGUUGGCUGCAUUUGUCAUGCUCUCUCCCACAGGAUGCGAGGUUGUUGCUCUUGGCACAGGCAGUUCUAACACCAAAGCCAGUCCGGCACCCACAGGACGAAUCCUGCACGAUUCCCAUGCAGUAGUAACAGCCCGGAGAUCACUAAUGAGGUUUCUCUACAGGAACUUGUUGCUGUUCUUCAGUAAUAACAGUGCUCUGAAGGAGAAGUCGGUGUUUCAGCAGGACGAGACCACCAAACUGCUCAGCUUCAAAAAUCACAUCACUCUGCAUCUGUAUCUGAGUCAGCUGCCCAAAGGAGCAUCACAGAUCCCGUCUCAGCUCCGCCUCAACCCUCUGUCCAUCUCUGCAUGGGAGGUGAAUAAUCAGAUCAGUCUUCACGUGGUGGUGGAGGGGAAAGUCUUCUCCAAGUUCUCCAGCUCGUAUGAGCAGAUGGGCUCGCAUGUGGUCAGUAUGUCCGCCACCGAUAAAGUCAUGCAGUGGCAGGUGUUGGGCUUCCAAGGGGCGCUACUUAGCCACUUCAUUGAGCCCGUCUACAUGAGCAGCAUAUUCAUUGGUGAUGGCAGCUGCAGUGACAUCCGAGGUAUGGAGAUGGCGGUGAACCAGCGUGUGGAUGGCAUCACCUCAGCGCUGCCCUUGUAUUACUGCGUCUACCGGCCGCACAUCAGCCUGGUGUCUUCAGCCAUUCCUCCAGACACACGCCCCACACAGAAGUUCCUCAGCCUCAACUGGAGCCACGGAGACCUCACGCUGGAGAUGGUGGACGCUCUGGAGGGAAAGUCCACAGAAGACUCUCCGUUUAAGAGCAGUUCAGCUCUGGCCAGCCGUCUGUGCAAGGCAGCGAUGUUCAGUCGAUUUAAUUUGGUAGCUAAAGAGUGCCAGAGAGAGGAGCUGCUCACCGCUGUCACCUACAGAGAGGCAAAGAUGAUGGCGAAGCCAUACCAGGAAGCGAAGAGCAUGCUGAAGUCCUACCUGGAAAGAAAAGGCUACGGCCAGUGGGUGGAGAAACCACCAAUCAGUGACCAUUUCUCCAUGUGAGAAUCCACUUUCAGCCGCCGCAAUGGCAUGUUUAGUUCUCUGUGUGUUUAAAUUUGCUGUGAGUGCAUGCUAAAGUGCUUUUUGGUUUGCAUGUUUGUUUUUGUUCAGAUUUUGUUGUUUAUCAAUGGCAAAAAGAAGGCUCCUAUAGACGACAGACAGCACGUGUGUUUGUGAAC